AGUUGCAUGAUGAACACAGAUGAGAGCUUUCAUUCCUGCAAAAAAGGAUGCCGUGUCUCCACCAGUGGUUCUCUGCUGCCAGUCUCUUUCUCAGUCAUUUGAGUUGGGCCUAACUGAAGACAGAGGUUAUGAAGUCGAUCCUAGAUGGCCUUGCAGACACCACCUUCCGCACCAUCACCACAGACCUCCUCUACGUGGGCUCGAAUGACAUUCAGUACGAAGAUAUCAAAGGCGACAUGGCAUCCAAAUUAGGGUACUUCCCGCAGAAAUUUCCUUUAACUUCUUUCAGGGGAAGUCCCUUCCAGGAAAAGAUGACUGCAGGAGACAGCCCCCAGUUAGUCCCAGCAGACCAGGUGAACAUUACUGAAUUCUACAACAAGUCUCUCUCAUCCUACAAGGAAAAUGAGAACAUUCAGUGUGGGGAGAACUUCAUGGACAUGGAGUGCUUCAUGAUUCUGAACCCCAGCCAGCAGCUGGCCAUCGCUGUGCUGUCCCUCACACUGGGCACCUUCACGGUCCUGGAGAACCUGCUGGUGCUGUGCGUCAUCCUGCACUCCCGCAGCCUCCGCUGCAGGCCUUCCUACCACUUCAUCGGCAGCCUGGCGGUGGCAGACCUUCUGGGGAGUGUCAUUUUUGUCUACAGCUUCGUUGAUUUCCACGUGUUCCACCGCAAAGACAGCCCCAAUGUGUUUCUGUUCAAACUGGGCGGCGUCACAGCCUCCUUCACUGCCUCGGUGGGGAGCCUGUUCCUCACAGCCAUCGAUAGAUACAUAUCUAUUCAUAGGCCCCUGGCCUAUAAGAGAAUCGUCACCAGGCCCAAAGCCGUGGUGGCGUUUUGCGUGAUGUGGACCAUAGCAAUUGUGAUCGCUGUGCUGCCUCUCCUGGGCUGGAACUGCAAGAAACUGCAAUCUGUUUGCUCAGACAUUUUCCCACUCAUUGACGAAACCUACCUGAUGUUCUGGAUCGGGGUCACCAGUGUGCUGCUGCUGUUUAUCGUGUAUGCAUACAUGUACAUUCUCUGGAAGGCGCACAGCCACGCGGUCCGCAUGAUUCAGCGUGGCACCCAGAAGAGCAUCAUCAUCCACACGUCCGAGGACGGCAAGGUGCAGGUGACUCGGCCGGACCAAACCCGCAUGGACAUUAGGCUGGCCAAGACCCUGGUCCUGAUCCUCGUGGUUUUAAUCAUCUGCUGGGGCCCUCUGCUUGCAAUCAUGGUGUAUGAUGUCUUUGGGAAGAUGAACAAGCUCAUUAAGACGGUGUUUGCCUUCUGCAGUAUGCUCUGCCUGCUGAAUUCCACCGUGAACCCCAUCAUCUAUGCUCUGAGGAGCAAGGACCUGAGACAUGCCUUCCGGAGUAUGUUCCCCUCGUGUGAAGGCACCGCACAGCCUCUUGAUAACAGCAUGGGAGAGUCGGACUGCCUGCACAAACAUGCAAACAAUACCGCCAGCGUUCACAGGGCCACGGAGAGCUGCAUCAAGAGCACGGUCAAGAUUGCCAAGGUGACCAUGUCUGUGUCUACAGACACGUCUGCUGAGGCGGUGUGAGCCUGGCGCCUCCUGGGCUGCACAGGAAAAGAAAUUCUUUUUUUUUUUUUUAAAGCUCAAAAUCUAGAAGUGUCUGUCGUCUCAUCGGUUAUAUUUUUUAAGUUUAUCAUGCUCACUGAAAAGGUGAUUUUCACCAUGAUCGGCUGUCUGUUCACUAAUGUCUUGAUAGUGUAGAUUCUCAUGCUCAGUUCUCCAGAGAUUUACAGUGAAGAGAGCCUGUUGCUUAAGUGACUGGAAGGUCCUUCAGAGUCUCAGUGAAAUAGGGGGGAAACCUCUCCUACACCAUUUGAAGUCUAAGUACCAAUAGAAAAAUGCCAUCAAAUGAGCAAUGCCUUUGUAACCACAAUGUUCAUUAUAAUGUGAAAUGUAUCUGUACUUCAGUAUCAGUCAGAGCUGUCCAUUUUUAAAAGUUCUAGUGCUAAUGUAGAGCUAUUUUGUAAAAUGUAUUGUGUCCUGUGAGAUGUGUAUCAGUGUUCACUAUGUGUUGUUUAUAUUUGUCUAGUUCAGCAAAACUGGAAAGUAGAAUUUUAUGAAAACAGUGGAAUAUAAGCAGUUGAUAUAUGCCAAUGAGACCACCUUUUUAAAGAAUAAUGCCCAUGAUAUAACUUUAGAAACCUUAAUAUUUUUUC